UGUCUCCUACCUAGAUGGUUUAUAAGCCCUGGCUGUGUUCUCAGUACUUCCAGACCACCCAAAUGCACUGCAGCAAGCGAAUCCCCUGCAGUCAGUACUGCCUGGAGGUGCAGCAGCGGUGCCCCUUCGUCCUGCCUGACAAUGAUGAUCUCAUUCAUGGAGGCAGCCCCAGUUUUAUAUGCACAGGGCUACUAGAGGACCACCCAUCAGGUGUUGACCCAGAAGCAGAGUGCUGUGAUGUGCGGUGGGACGUGAAAGUGGACAACCGAUCCUGGGGAACCCUGAAAAGAACUCACCCACCGUGCCAGCACCGAACCUCCCUCAGCUCCUCGGCAGCCUGCAGACUGUGUAACAGCCGGCUCAAACUCUGCCUGCUGGUUCUUGUUCUUCUACACACUGUUGCCAGCCUCACUGCAUCCCAUAAUGCAACAGGACUGGGCCUCCCUGCCAUCACACCUCUGGAGGAGGGCCCUGCCAAUGAGGAGUGAUGGAGCUGCCAGGAGGAGGUGAGGGUGUUAGGGUUGGGAUUUCCCUCACCAUGGCAACCGACGGAUGUGGAAAAAUACAGCCACAAGAGCUAUGAGCCUGUGGACAUUCUGCAAGGCUUUCUGGCAAAUGGAAAAUGUGGGACGUAAGACACACGAAUCAAUCAAAACAAAUAAAUAAUAAAACAAACAAACAUACUGAGGGACUUGAACCAGUCCCUUCGCUAGGAAAAAGGGGACAAUGCCACAGCCUUUGUUGAGUGGGAAGGUCAGCUUCCUCACGGCUGAGUUUCUCUCACUACGCUUUUUUACACUGUGUUCCAAUUAUUGGUUUCUGUUGCACUGGCUGACUAUGGAAUAUCACAAUCAUAUUCUCUUUCUAAUGUUCAUCCUUUGUGUUUGUUUCUGAGUCUCUCAUACAGGAAGAAAAUGUGUUCUCUGAAUAAAACAGAUAAUGUGUAAAAAAAAAAAAAGAAAAGGAAAAAAAAAAAGAAUUAGCUGCAAGUGUGUGUGGACCGAAUGUGUUGUGUUUCUUGAGUGUGUGCGAGCAUAUGUGGGCGGGUGUGUGCUUGUGUGUCUGUCUUUAGUGUGUAUGAAGACAUGAAUGUGUGUUGCUUUGACAAGAACCCUUAAGUCUACGUGACAGACUGGUGCAGCAAUGAAAUCUGUAUGGACCCUCCUUUCGUCACUUAGCUCUGCCAUGCUGGUUUUGUUGGACUCCUGGUUUUUGAAUGUGGUUCUGGUGUAAUAACAAUGCAGGUUUACAGUUUUCCCUCAAUUUGUUUUGUGAGAUAAUGUUCACUCAAUAACACUACUUUGUUUCUGAUAGGGAUCAAACUAUAUCUGUUAUUAGCAUCAGUAACACCUGGCUAGACUGUGAAAACACCAGGAAACUAACAGGAUUUCUUCCUCUAAUGUCACCAGCACUCACAAUCUCAAAGGAUAACCCCCUAUUUUUUAUUGCUUUCUGAGAAGGAAGCCUGAUAUGAUCAGUCAAUUCAAAUAAACCCCAGGUUAACCAGACCAGGUUGGGUGUAUAAACACAGUGAAGGUUUGUGAAGUGACAUUUAGGGUGCAUUCACUUUUUUUAUGCUGCAUGACAUAUUAUAAAUAACUGAAAAGCUUAUUCAUAAUAUAAAGUACAAUUAUCCCAUUAGACUCCAUUAUAGCCAGUGCUGACAUGUUUCCAGAUCUCAGCCUUUUAUUCUGCUAGACAUAUUUGUUUUUAUUAGAAUCAAUGACAAAACAAAAUAAAACAGGGCUUAGCCAUAUGAUCAAACAAAAUUGUACCUCACAAACUGACAGUUAAUGUUCAAAACAGAAAAACAUACUGUCGCCAUUUGGAUUCUGACAUUUUUUUAGCCACUUAAUUCACUUGUUGAACUUUAAAAGCACACAGGGAAGAAUAUUUAUCUCACACAACAAAACAUGACGCUGUCUUAAGCUUGUCUUAACCAAAGAUGUUAUUUCAGGCAUUUUAACCAAAAUUUCAUUCAGAUUCUGGUCACUAUUCAGCCACACGCAUGAGCAAGGUUAACUGACAUUUGGGUUUCACCACUGGAUUUUAAAGUGAAUUGAUCCCAGUUGCUCCAGACAUGGAAGCUUUUGUUGUUCUGUAUUUUAAAGGCACUAUCCAGUCAAAAUAAUGCCCUGAAGCAUACAGCAACAUAUGCAAUAAGAUCUAAAGUCCAUCACCACUACUUCAAAACAAACAACAACAAAAAAAUCAAUUAGCUUUUUUCUCCUGAACCAAAAGUAUAGCCUCAGGUCAGUUAUGGGCAAAACCUGCUGCCUGGAUGUUACCUUUGAAGUCAUUUUAUAAUUGGUAAACUGUGAUUCCAGUGCUGUUAUGAUCAACAUAGAAAUGUCAAUAUGUUCCCUAUAGAAAGGUAGCAUGCUACCUGCAGUAGCAUAGUGGAAAAUACCUGGACCCACUAAUAGGUGAGUCAAACAAAAGGUAGAGAGUAACAUUCAACAUCUCAUCAAUGAAAAUCAUCUUCUGUUCUGUUCUUCUUUUUUUUUUUUUUCUGAAUCAGGACCUGUGACUGAUUAUCAUGAAGUGCAUGUGGAGGCAUGAUUACCCUCAGAGCCUCCCCCUGCACCACACCUGAUCCCAAAUCAGCUCUUGUAGCAUGCCCACUCUCUUGUACUUUCCUCCUCAAAACAUCCAACAAAUCUAUCAUUAAGUAAAGGGCUUAUGAAGACAAACAGUACAUUAUCAUCCACAUAGUCAGACACACUCUAAAUGCUCUGGAUUGUAAACAGACAUACAGUAAAAACAAACAAAAACAUGGCUCAUAUUCUGUUAUAUAUAUAUAUACAUAUAUAGUUUACAUUCCAUUGUCUGUUACCAGAGAGCACGAACGGAAGCAUAUACACGAAGGGUUUGUUCGAGUGAUCAUCAAUGGCCAAACCUGAUAAUCAUCUGGUCAGCUGAUUCUUAUGUUAAGCUUUUAAAUGUUGACCAGUGUGUGGACAGAAAGAAACGUUGUGACCUAAAGGGCUUUAGUUUCUAGUUUCUGAUUUUGUGUCUCUUUGAUUACCAAGGCUGUGAGAUCAGGUAUUUAAGAAGAAAAACCAGAUAAACUAAACGAGAUGUCCAAUUCCAUAUCUGAUGUCAAGAAUUUUAGCAUACAGCUUAUACUGAGGAUAUAAAUUCAUCAGGACUCGUACUCUUUCUGUUAGUAUACUGGCUUUUUUCUGACACUUCGUCAUGUUCAGCUCCUGCUCAGAUGAAAUACCCAACGACUCGUUGUCAUUCAGCACAGCACACCCAUACCCAUCUUGGAUUGCUGCUAUAUUAUUGGCCACCAGUAGAUGGAGAUAUUUUAUUGUUUUUACAUUGUUACCGCUGCUGAAGACCUGUCACACAAUGACUGUCAGAUACUAAAGAAUCAGGAAAAGCUGGGCUGGAAAGUGGAUGUGUGUGUGUGUGUGUGUGUGUGUGUGUGUGUGUGUGUGUGUGUGUGUGUGUGUGACACUAAUUACCAUGUCUUCUCUGGAGAGCUCAUUAGUUUUGCCAUGACCUUGGUGCCUACAGGACAGGUGUGGCAAACCUCCACUUGUCUCCAGGGAUCGGCUACAAUGGUCCCAUUAUUCACUGCAGUGCUGAAGCUGCAGUACAAUAUGAAUUAAAUGUGUCACGGCCCCAGGACGCAAAGCAGAUUAGAAGUAAAUGUGUUUCAAAUAAUUUACCAAAUCCUUGUCUCAAAUGAGAUAAAAGAGGUCAGAAGCAGAGUGAAACAAGUCGACAAUGAUGUGAAACUGGUGCCAAAGCAUACAUGUAUGUAUGUAUGUAUAUUUGUAUGAGGAAAGUAAACUUUAUUCAUAUCUGAUGUGACUUUUUGGAUGGGUCUUUCAUAGAAAUAUGCCAUGUUAUCAUCACCACGGGGCGCAUGUGAAGGGGUCUCAUACGUGUGAUUUCAUUCUGACGAUCAUGUCUGCGGCCAUGCUGUGAUGUAACAACCACCCAAAACCUGCUGCUGGACAUGAAUUGAUUUACCCGCAGUCAUGUGGAGGCCAUAUCUGCUUUACAUGCAGCAGUGUGGCCUUAGUGUGUUAGUGUGGCCAAAUAUGUUGUGCUUCGUGUCCCUUUAUGACACGUUUGCACCAAGGACCAUGGACAUGUUUGUGUGCAAGACCUUUUCCAAACAAUAUUAGAAUCAGAUGGUAAUGUGCACAGCCUUUACCAGCCGUUUCAUUUUGAUUUGUAAAUGUUUUACUGCAUUAUACCGAGAAGAAAUCGAAUAGGCCCCGACACAGAACAUCCAGUCUAGAUCGCAGGUAACAUAGCAACCUAUAAGAACUUUUUGUUUUACCCCUGCACAUAUAGACUGUGUUUGCCUCUUGCCCCGACCUCUUGUGCACCCAUCACUAAAUGGCAUGUACACAAAUAUUUCCUUCUUUCACCCCGUCUCAGCCUCUCUGUUUUCACAGUAGUUUUGUUCUCUAUCCUGUGGAUCUAUGCAGAAGCCCAUUCCUGUUUUGGUUGUAAAUAUUUUCACUAGUAUGCUGAACUAUGUAUGUCUUUUCGUCAAGGUUUUUCUUGUGUAUUUUUCAGUUGAUGUCAUGCAGUUACUUUCCUCUUCUUCUUCUCUAAUUCUUUUUUUGUAUUUCGAGUGUCUGAAAUCAUUGAUGUUAAAAGAGAAUGUGAGAAUUAACCAAUAGACUUAUCCUUAUAGCGUCACAACCUUAUUGUGAAAGGUUGUGAUUGUGUGUGUGUGCGCGUGGGUGCGUGUGUGCGUGUGCAUGUGUGUAAAAGCGAAAGAUUAUAAUAAUGAAAAAGGUUCAAAGGCAUAUAGAAGUAUCAUUGCGAUUAUGAUUAUUAUGAUUACUAUUAUACUACCAGUAUAUUGUAAUAUUAUAGAAGCUUUAGUUCAAGUAACUUCUUUAAUUUUUUUACAAACAACUUUGAUGAAAUGAUUUAUAAAGCAGUCUCACGAGUCAUGAUCUUUUCGAGUAUGAAAACUACUGCUACAAUGAUUACAAUUGUGUUCUGAUGAAAAUAAAUACAGACAUAUAAUCUGUU